GGUCUUAUUUCACUGUAACACCUGCUUCUUUCAAGCCCUGCGAUGCAGCUCAUCAAACCCCAAGUGGUAGACCAAUUUACUUUGCUUUUCAUACCUUUAAAUCUUUCCCCUUUCCAAAAUUACUCGAUCUGAAUGUGUAUUGUCUGUGGUCCGUGAUAUUUCGGAAUGGCUGAAAGCUGAUUUUGUCGUUGGUUCUUGUCAGGCGAUAGCAGAUGACACAGAGGAUGUUGAGCUGGACUCAACUGCUGACGAGCAGGAGGGGGCGCAGGCGAGCUCUGUCAUAAGGUGCGCUGCAAAAUGUGUGCCUUGGGAACGUAAACCUCUCUUCUUUCUCAGUGACACUUUUGCUUUUACUUACAAUAAGAAUAUGAACCAAUGGGAGAUUUCUAUGUCUUAAUUAUAUAAACUGUGAUUUUAUAUAGUUUGACAUGUUUGUACGUUCUGAAAAUACAAGCUUGUCUGAGUAAUAAAAGUGUUACUACUCUGUAUAUUGUGUAUAUUGAAAUCUGAUGAUUUUAUUGCUUCAUCUCCUUUUACUUGUCUUGAAUUUCAGACAUCCCUUAGCUUCCUUUUUCCACCUGUUCUUCAGGGUGGUUGCUAUUGUCAUCUAUUUGUUCUGUGACUGGAUCAGUGAGAAUUUUUCCUCAUGUUUUGUCUUGAUCAUCACUCUGCUUUCUUUUGACUUCUGGUCUGUCAAGGUGAGAGGUCACAGAGGUCAGCUACUAAUUAUUUACUUGGCAAAGCCUCAGUCCUAGUUUACCCUUUAGUUAUAGGUAUCUUUCACUUCAUGUGUUUUUAGCUCAUUACUGUUUGGUGUUACAGAAUGUGACCGGCAGGCUGCUGGUUGGGCUGCGCUGGUGGAAUCAGAUUGAUGAGGAUGGGAAGAGCUUCUGGGUGUUUGAGGCCAAAAAAGUAAGAUAUUGUCAUUACAGACCACCUUUGGAAUAUUUUGGGGGUAUUAAUUUAAGCUGCAUUUCUGUGUGUGUGUGUGUGUGUGUGUGUGUGUGUGUGUGUGUGUGUGUGUGUGUGUGUGUGUGUGUGUGUGUGCGUGUGCGUGCACACGCGUGCAGACCUCACAGGGCAAAAAUACUGGGACAGAGACAGAGGCGAGGAUAUUCUGGUUGGGUCUCAUCAUCUGUCCUCUUAUAUGGACGUUAUUCUUCUUCUCCUCUCUCUUUUCUAUGAAGAUUAAAUGGCUGGUGAGACAUGUUUGAAUUGGUGCAUGCUUUGCGUACACAUAGAAUGAGGUACAGAACACAAUGUCCUUCUUAAAUCCAUGUCUGUUCUCCUCCUAGUCACUUGUGGUGGCCAGUUUUUCCCUCCAAGUGGCAAAUCUCUAUGGUUACCUACGCUGCAAGGCUGUGGAAAAGGACGACCAGCCUCCAGAUACUCACUCCUUCACAGGACAGCAGUUCCUGCAACGUGUGAGUGACUGACCGCAGUGUUUAGCGUCUACAUUUUAUCCUGAUAUUCUGUUGUUCAUUCAGGUUCACCAACAACCAAUCCUUUUGCCCUUACAGCCUGAUAUCAUCUUUGGAAUACUUUGAAGAUCUAACUGGACUUGAAAGGCUGUGUUUUCCCCGUUGACACAUGUUAUCCAGAUCUGUCUGUCAAUAAAUUAUUAAAAAUAAGGUUAUUAUAGAA